GAGUAAAUUUACUUUUCUAAUUCACCAUCUUUGUUUUCUCUGGCUCGCAAAACUAGACAAAUAGUAUUGCAAAUUGCAAUUGAGAUUGAAAUAGGUAACCUGAGGAAAGGAAAACAAUGGAGUAUGAUUACAAUUCAAACAGGCAUAGAUCUGGUGCAUCCUCCUUUGAUCCUCACAUCCCCAUGUACCAAAAGCUUUCUUCUUCUCAGCAACCCCAUGUUUCUUCAUCUUCUUUCUAUCCUAAAAUUGGUCAGUCUCAAACCGGUCAGCCUAUCCAUCCUCCUGCCCGUGCUCCUCCUUUUCCCCCUUCUUCGGCCCCUUCUUCUGGAACUGGCAUUAGGGUUCAAAUAAAGCCAGAAUAUAGGAUCACUCCUCCUCCUCAUAUGUUACCACACAUGGGAGACAUUCCACGAAGUACAUUUCAGUUUGAUUUUGAUUUAGAGAAGAAGAUACUUGCUGAGGCGGAGAAGGAAAACCAGAACUGGAGCCGCUUUGCAUCUGAAAAUCUUCCUUCAAGAACAACGCAAUCAAUACCAUCAGCUAUCCCUGUUGUGGAUCCUGUUGUUAGCAAAUAUGUAGCAUCAGGCCUGAAUCGAGAAGCAGUUCCUCUUGCAGUUGCAGCCUUUGGGGAUAAUCCCUCUAAGAUUCGAGAUUUUGUGAAGGGCUACAACCUCCUCCGAGAAAUGGGCUUCUCUUCGAACAAUGUUGCUGAAGCGCUUCUCAUGCAUGAUAAUGAUACAGACAAAGCUCUGGCGCAUUUCUUGAAUAGUUCAUCAUAAAAGAUUUCUUGGCUUUCUAUUAAUUUCCAAGAAUGAAUUAGUCUUUGUUAACGACGACCUCUUACAUUGAUGUAUUUAAUUCAGGUUGCCGAUCUAAUAUCGUUGGCUAAGACAUCGUCUCUGUUGUUGAGUUGGUGAUAGAUACCACUCCUUUGGUUUUACUUGAUUGAUCUGGCUUGAAUACCUUCAGAUUGUACAGAAAAGGAUCAUUCAAGAAUCAAGAUCAUUACUGUAGUCUGUAUGUGUACACUUUAAACCGCAUGAAUGUAGAGGAACUUUGUAAGAGGAGAAAAUUUGUGUUCA